AUGCCGAGCAUAUAUGGAAGUCUCAUGGCUUUUGGGGAUAACGCCUUGGUUAUGGGGAUGGCAGAGUCGAUGCCAACUAGCAACCCCUUGGCCAGGUUAUCGCUAAUCUUCAGGAGACUCGGACUGAUCCAUCGGUGCACCGUAAUGCUCCCGGUAAACACCGAUCUCUGUGCUAGUGGCAGCUGGCUAUUUCCCGGUGCCCGGUUCAAGAAGGUGAGAUACGUGAAAAAGAAGCAUGAAGAAGUAGAAGAUGAGAAGGGGAUGUAG